AUGGCUGAGUCACUCACUCACCCGCAACCUUCUCCUGUUACUCCCUUUACUCCAAAGGCUCUUUCUGUUACUCCCUUUACUCUAAAGCCUUCUUCUGUUACUCCCUGUACUCCAAAGCCUUCUCCUGUUACUCCCUGUACUCCAAAGCCUUCUUCUGUUACUCCCUGUACUCCAAAGCCUUCUUCUGUUACUCCCUGUACUCCAAAGCCUUCUUCUGUUACUCUAUGUACUCCAAAGCCUCUUUCUGUUACUCCCUUAACUCCAAAGCCUUCUUACAUUACUCCCUGUACUCUACAGCCUUUUUCUGUUACUCCAUGUACUCCUAGUCCUUUCCCUAUUACUCCUUGUACUCCAGAGUCUUCUGUUACUCCAUGUUUUCUAAAGCCUUCUUCUGUUACUCCCUAA